AUGAAGAAUUCGACAGCUGCUAGUUCCAGAUGGACGAAGAGUCGUCUCUCCCAUUUCUUUCCCUCGUACACUAAUAGCAGUGGUAUGGGGGCCGCCUCAACUGAUCAAUCUUCUACGCAGGGAGAAGAACUGCACCAUAGGAAGCACUGUGAAGAAGACAAUGAUGGUCAAAAACCGAAAAAGUCUCCCGUAUCCACCUCUACAAUGCAAAUAAAAUCUAGACAGGAUGAGGACGAGGAUGACGGUCGAAUUGUCAUUAAACCAGUUAACGAUGAAGAUGAUACAUCAGUGAUUAUAACUUUCAAUCAGUCAAUAUCCCCUUUUAUUAUUACAUUGACAUUCGUUGCGUCCAUUUCUGGGUUCAUGUUUGGUUAUGAUACUGGUUACAUAUCGAGUGCGCUAAUUUCUAUCAAUAGAGAUUUAGACAACAAAGUUUUAACUUAUGGAGAAAAAGAAUUAAUUACGGCCGCCACAUCAUUGGGCGCUUUGAUUACAAGUGUGGGCGCUGGUACUGCUGCUGAUGUGUUUGGAAGAAGACCAUGUUUAAUGUUCUCCAAUCUGAUGUUUUUGAUCGGAGCAAUUUUACAAAUUACCGCGCACAAGUUUUGGCAAAUGGCGGCCGGUAGACUGAUUAUGGGUUUCGGUGUCGGUAUUGGUUCUUUGAUUUCUCCUCUUUUUAUUAGUGAAAUUGCUCCUAAGAUGAUCAGGGGUAGGUUAACCGUUAUAAAUUCCCUAUGGCUGACAGGUGGUCAAUUGAUUGCUUACGGUUGUGGUGCGGGCCUGAACCACGUCAAAAACGGUUGGAGAAUCUUAGUUGGUUUGUCCUUGAUACCUACUGUUUUGCAGUUUUCUUUUUUCUGUUUUUUGCCGGAUACACCAAGAUACUACGUAAUGAAAGGCGAUUUAAAGAGAGCAAAAAUGGUUCUCAAACGAAGUUACGUAAACACUGAAGAUGAAAUAAUUGAUCAAAAAGUUGAAGAAUUAUCUAGCUUAAAUCAAUCGAUACCAGGAAAAAAUCCAAUAACAAAAUUCUGGAAUAUGGUCAAGGAAUUGCACACUGUGCCUUCAAAUUUCAGAGCUUUGAUUAUUGGUUGUGGUCUACAAGCCAUUCAACAAUUCACAGGUUGGAAUUCCUUAAUGUAUUUCUCCGGUACAAUAUUUGAAACUGUUGGAUUCAAAAAUUCUUCUGCCGUUUCUAUUAUUGUCUCAGGUACUAAUUUUGUGUUCACAUUAAUAGCAUUUUUCUGUAUUGAUAAAAUCGGCCGUAGGUACAUUUUACUGAUUGGACUACCUGGUAUGACUGUGGCGCUGGUUAUAUGUGCUAUAGCGUUCCAUUUCCUAGGUAUUAAGUUUAACGGUGCUGAUGCAGUAGUGGCAUCUGAUGGAUUUUCAUCUUGGGGCAUUGUCAUUAUCGUAUUUAUUAUUGUGUAUGCAGCCUUUUAUGCCCUCGGUAUCGGCACUGUUCCAUGGCAACAAUCGGAAUUAUUUCCACAAAACGUCAGAGGUGUAGGGACAUCCUACGCUACUGCCACCAAUUGGGCAGGUUCUUUAGUCAUUGCGUCUACGUUCUUGACUAUGUUACAAAAUAUUACACCAACGGGUACAUUUUCAUUCUUUGCCGGUGUAGCAUGUUUAUCAACCAUUUUUUGUUACUUUUGUUAUCCAGAACUAUCAGGAUUGGAGUUAGAGGAAGUUCAAACAAUUUUAAAGGACGGAUUCAAUAUCAAAGCCUCUAAAGCUCUAGCUAAAAAGAGGAAACAACAGGUGGCCGAAGGUGCUGCCCAUCAUAAACUCAAAUUCGAACCUACACAGGAAAUUGUAGAAAGUUAG